ACCGCUGGGCUGGGCGGGCGGGCGGGGUUCCUGUAACAGAAGCCAUUGUCUGCAUCACAGAGCCGCCAUCAGAACCCGCCAUCCCACAGAGCCACAUUCUAGAGCUCGGGGGCCCCCCCCGACUCUCAAAGCCCCGGGUGGGAGAGGCGGAAGCCUCCCUCCACAUGUCCCUCUUUCGGGACCUCCCUGACGCGGAGCGCGAUGCAGCGGGACCGCCUCUGAGGCGGCGCCGUCCAUAGGUUCCCGGAGCGCCGCACCUGGCCCAGAGCCGGCCAUGAUGACGGAAGAAGUAUGGGUGGGAAGCUGGCGGCCCCAUCGUCCCCGGGGGCCCAUCAUGGCCCUCUACAGCAGCCCCGGCCCCAAGUACCUGAUUCCACCCACCACAGGCUUCGUGAAGCACACGCCCACCAAGCUGCGUGCACCCGCCUACAGCUUCCGCGGGGCCCCCCUGCUCCUGGCCGAGAACUGCUCCCCGGGGCCUCGCUACAGCGUGAACCCCAAGGUACUGAGGACUGGCAAGGACCUCGGCCCCGCCUUCUCCAUCCUGGGGCGCUACCAUACCAAGACCACGAUGACCCCUGGACCCGGCGACUACUUUCCGGAGAAAUCUACCAAGUAUGUGUUCGACUCGGCGCCCAGCCACUCCAUUUCUGCCCGGACCAGGACCUUCCGCGUGGACAGCACCCCAGGCCCUGCCGCCUACAUGCUGCCCAUGAUGAUGGGGCCCCAAACGGUUGGCAAGGCCUCCCAGCCCUCCUACUCCAUCAAGGGCCGCAGCAAGCUGGGCGGCUUCAGCGACGACCUGCAUAAGACCCCAGGUCCUGCGGCCUACCACCAGACCGAUGUGCAGGUGACCAAGUUCAAGGCUCCGCAGUACACCAUUGCGGCCCGAGUGAUGCCCCCGGGGGACAAGACCCUCAAGCCAGGACCAGGAGCCCACAGCCCUGAGAAGGUGACAGUGACCAAGCCCUGCGCCCCCAUCGUCACCUUCGGCAUCAAACAUUCUGACUACAUGACCCCCCUGAUCCUGCAGGUGGACUAGCCCGGGAGGGCAGGGAUUGGGAGAACCCACGCACCCCGCCUGGCCCGCGGUGUGAAGCAUGCUUGUUUGGACAAUUAUGACAUUUUUCUAUGCAUCCCCCUUUGCUAAUUGUGUGCCCACAUAUAUAAUAA